AUGAAGGGAAAUAAGGAGACCACAAAAUCGGAGGCCAAGGAAUACAUGUCACCAAGGGAUAGUGAAUGUCACGGGACACACGUGGCCUCCACAGCUGGAGGUGCAUUCGUCGCUAAUGUGAGCAACAAAUGGUUCGGAGUGGGCGCGGCAAGAGGCGGGGCGCCAAGUGCUCGAAUAGCUGUUUAUAAAGUUUGCUGGCAAAAUCAAAAUAGCUGCGCGGCUAUGGACAUUAUAAAAGCCAUGGACGAUGCGAUAGAGGACGGGGUGGACGUGAUGUCGCUCUCACUAGGCAGGUCCGUCCCUAUACUCCCUGAAUCCAACGAGCAUAAUGCGAUCUCUUACGGGGCAUUCCAUGCCAUCUCAAAAGGCAUUCCGGUGAUCUGUGCCGGCGGAAACGACGGCCCCCAAGCUUACACAGUCAGUAACGUACCUCCGUGGGUAAUUACUGUCUCAGCCACAACUCUCGACCGGUCGUUUCCUACCCCACUGGUACUAGGCAACAACAUAACUAUAUUGGCAAGAAACCAGUACAAGGGACAUGAAUUCCAAGCUGAUCUAAUUUACGUAGUAAGCUACAACCAGAUAACGAGUGCCGCCAAGGGCAAAGCCGUCCUAGCUUUCUUGACUGAGAGUGAAUAUUUUGUUGGAGAAUUUGUCGAUCGGGCUUUGAUAGCGGGAUUGUCAGCUCUAAUCAUUUCCUCCAAAAGCAUUGAUGUUAUCGGAUAUGACAAACGUGAACUGGUGUUAUUCAUGAUCGACUAUGAAGAGGGAACUACGAUGAUGAAGUACAUAGGUUCCAAUAGCUUGCCAACCAUUAAGAUAAGCACUGAAAUAAGACUCACUGGUCCACUUGUAGCAACUCAAGUCGCUGAGUUCUCAAGUAGAGGACCAAACUCUCUGUCUCCUUACAUUCUGAAGCCUGAUAUAGCAGCUCCAGGUGUAGAUAUCUUGGCUGCUAGCAUCCCAUUUAUAGAAGGCGCCGAGAAUGGUUUCAUUGCUCUGUCUGGAACGUCGAUGUCCGCUCCUGUGGUUACCGGUGUGGUUGCGCUCCUCAAAGCUGUUCAUAGUGACUGGUCUCCUGCGGCUAUUCAUUCUGCUCUCGUUACUACUGCUUCCAAAACUGAUCCUUACGGAGAACCGAUCUUCACGGAAGGAGACAGCCGGAAACUAGCCGAUCCGUUUGACUACGGAGGAGGAUUGGGGAAUCCAACCAAAGCAGCUGAUCCUGGUCUCGUGUACGACGCAUACGCAGAAGACUACAUGGGAUAUUUAUGUGCUGCCGGGUAUGAGGAGGCCUCCAUCGGGAAAAUGGCAAAGAAAAGUAUGAUGUAUCAUUGUCCUAGCCCUAGGCCAUCGAUGCUUGCUCUUAACCUCCCGUCCAUCACCAUCCCUUUCCUCAAUGCAGACGUGACGGUCACUAGAACCGUCACCAACGUUGGACCAGUCGAUUCUAUAUAUAGAGUCAUCAUUCAAGCUCCUUUGGGUGUCGAGAUCACCGUCACGCCCACCCUACUGGUUUUCAACUGCUUUGUCAAGAAGCUGAGCUUUGAAGUUACAGUCUCCACUACUCACCAGAGCAAUUCCAUCUACUACUUUGGGAGUAUAACAUGGACCGAUGGCUAUCACGUCGUAUCUAUUCCGUUAUCUGUCAGGAAACAAAGCCCCAUGUAUUUCCAUUGAGUUCUGAAAAAAAUAUCUUAUUAACCUAAGUCGUUAUGUGGAAAAGACAUCUAUCUAUUAUAAGAAAAUAAGGUUUUGAAGUUAACUCUCUAUUGGUCCUCCUGAAUUUUAACUUUAUUUUUUUAUUCAGCUAGAGAUAUCGAUGCUU